GUGGACAACAGGUUGAGAACCACUGGACUAGAUGAUUAAGUGAUUUCAUGUGGCCUUAAAAUCUAUUUUAGAAAACUGCAGAAGAGGACUGGGGUUCUAUCUUCCUGCCACUCAGAACCAAAGAACACCUCUAUUUCUUUGCUUCGUGCUCCAUAGAAUGAAGAGACUAAGUCACAAGAGGCCACGCAACCUCACAAAUUAAUGAGGGAGAUAGUUGCCAAAGGUAAUGAGCAGGCCCAAAUCUACAGACUGAAUGGCUACCAAAAGGAUAGAUUUCUGAACUUUUUCUAACUAUGGCUUGCAGAAGAAUAGGAGGCCACGGAGGCACUCUCCCUCCAGCUUCCUCCAUGAACUGUGUAAAAUCCCAAGCACCUGAAAUUCGAACACAUAGUAUAUGUAUGGUAUCUGAUUUUUUUUAUCCAAAUAUGGGAGGAGUGGAAAGUCACAUCUACCAACUAUCACAGUGCCUGAUUGAAAGAGGACACAAAGUUAUAAUUGUCACCCAUGCUUAUGGAAACCGAAAAGGCAUUCGUUAUCUCACCAAUGGUCUGAAAGUUUAUUAUUUACCUUUGAAGGUCAUGUACAACCUGCCUCUGCUCAGGUACAUAUUUGUGCGGGAGAGAGUCACCAUAGUCCAUUCCCAUAGUUCGUUUUCUUCCAUGGCACAUGAUGCACUCUUCCAUGCCAAGACAAUGGGACUACAGACAGUUUUUACAGACCAUUCUCUUUUUGGAUUUGCUGAUGUCAGUUCGGUGCUUACAAACAAACUUCUAACUGUGUCACUAUGUGAUACAAACCACAUCAUUUGUGUCUCCUACACUAGCAAGGAAAACACUGUACUAAGAGCAGCACUGAAUCCUGAGAUAGUGUCUGUUAUCCCCAAUGCUGUUGAUCCCACUGACUUCACUCCAGACCCAAGUAGGAGGGAUGAUAAUACAAUAACUGUUGUUGUUGUCAGCAGGCUUGUUUACAGAAAAGGUAUAGAUUUGCUCAGUGGUAUAAUUCCUGAACUUUGCCAGAAAUAUUCAAAUAUACAUUUCUUAGUUGGAGGAGAAGGACAAAAGCGAAUUGUUUUGGAAGAGGUACGAGAGAGAUUCCAACUACAUGACAGAGUGCGUCUUCUAGGGGCUUUGGAACACCAAGAUGUUAGAAAUGUUUUGGUCCAGGGACACAUUUUUCUCAAUACUUCUCUCACUGAAGCCUUCUGUAUGGCAAUUGUGGAAGCAGCCAGUUGUGGUUUACAGGUUGUGAGCACAAGAGUUGGUGGAAUCCCUGAGGUGCUACCAGAAAAUCUUAUCAUCUUAUGCGAGCCCUCAGUGAAAUCUCUGUGUGAUGGUCUAGAAAAAGCUAUUGCCCGGAUCAGGUCAGGAACACUACCAACCCCAGAAACUAUCCAUAACCAAGUAAAGACAUUCUAUACAUGGAGGAAUGUCGCAGAGAGAACAGCAAAAGUGUAUGACAGAGUUGCAGAUGAAGUGGUGUUAUCAAUGGACAAGCGGCUUGACAGACUAAUAUCUCACUGUGGCUCAGUGACUGGUUGUAUUUUUGCUCUUUUUGCUGUAUUAAGCUUCCUUUUCCUGGUAUUUCUGAAAUGGAUGACUCCAGACUCCAUUAUUGAUGUUGCAGUAGAUGCCACAGGUCCCAAUGGAGCAUGGACUCGGCAGUAUUUUGCUAGUAAAAAAGGAAGUGAGAAGAAGAGAUUUCAAACUGUUAAAAUGUUUUAAGUGGAGAGAAAGGGCAGUGCUGUCUAAAAGGUUUUCGGAUUUGCUGAUAGAAUUAAUUUCACAAAGAGACAUUGUUUUUAAACUCAAAAACUUUCCUAAAUUGUUGGAAAGAAAUUUGGUAACAUGUGCUACCUCAAGUUAGAAUUGUACCAGUUAGUUCUGGGAAAAGACUUAAGCAUAUGCAGAUUUAUGGACACAGCUCUUUUGCAAUUUAUAGUUAAAACUGGGAGGAAAGUUGUAAUAUGUAUAGCUAAACUGUACAACUAUUUUAAGACACAAGAAUACUCCAGUUUAUCUGCUACCAGUGUAUUACACAGAGAAUAAGCAUGGAUUUGUCAUAGCAUUCAGGGUGCCAAAACACAAAAUUAACUAGAUUUAGAUGGUUUUAACCAACUCCUAAUAUUUGUAGAGUGACCAUAUUUUCCCUAAGCCCAGUACGGGUCACCAAAGGGGGUGGGGGCGGGGGCGACUGCCAGCACUCGGGGCUUCAGCCCCAUAGGAUGGGGUGGGGGCUGAGCUCCGUAGCUGGAGCUAUUCAGGAACAGGGCUUUAGCCUUACAGCAAGGGAAAAGGGGCUUCAG